UUUAUCAAAUGCUGAAAUGAUAAUAAAAUAAAUAUGCUCCAAAUUCUUGGCUACGAAAUUAAAGACGUGAAAAGAAUAGAGAGUUGCAAUCUGAUAGUUGCACACUUCCAGCUCACUCUCCCCCAACUUAAUUUUAGUUCAAUAGAUCAAAAUAUUUUUGUAAAAGUACUUGUAAUUAGUUCUUUGUAGACAGACGUCAGCAAUGUAUAGUCUGAGGGUUAAUUCGCAAAAAAAUGAAAUCAUUAAUGUAUUUCACCAGGGUUUGGAAUUGAUUUUGAGCGUUAAAGCGAGAUUAUAAAUUUUCGUCCAUUCCUAUAAUAGAAAAUUAUGGUUCACUCAUUCAAUUUUCAUCAAGUUGUUAAAAUUUAUCCAAGUCCAGAGACUCUAGAUUUAUAUCUGAAAUCGUCGGAAUUGUGAGAGAAUUGUAAGAGUUCCAUCUCGACUAUGGAAUUAAAUAAUUGUGAUAUCACAAUUCUGCAUUCGGAGGGAUCAUAGGUCGUGAGAUGUAAAGCACUAUGGUCGAUUGACUACGAUUUAAAUGCGUCUUAAUGACUCGAUUGAUGACAUGCCUAUAUUGUUGAUUGAAGCUUUUAUUUAAACUAUUCGAAAAUGGUUUGCUUUCAUAAUCAUAAACAAUAAUCACUCCACAUACUGCGAACGUAAUAAGUAUCAAGAUAAGUGCUUGCAAGCGAAUAAACAUGCACCUCUAACUUGACCCUGUAGCGAUUUCAGUCGUCUAUUUAAGUGGGUCCAUGAUAUCGUUUCAACAAAGUUCUCAUCAGUCAUGGCUACUCUCAAGUUCAAAGAAGCUUCUCCCUAUGUUCAGCCCACACCUCAGCCACCUCCCGAAGAUUAUCUCUAUAAAAUUUACGAAGAUAAUUUGGCUCUGAAAUCUGAUGGAUGCGGUAGAAAAGCAGUGAACGUUGCUAUAUUUGGCAUUGGUCGGGCUGGAACCAUCCAUUUAUCAAUAUUGGCUCACAAUCCUCGAGUGGAAAUUAUUUAUGUUGUUGACGAUAUUGAAUCUAAGUGGCUUUCUUUCCAAACUCAUUGGUCUCUUCACCAUACUCAAUUUUUAACUAGCAAACAAUCUGACAUCGUAUACAAAGAUGUAAGAGUGGAUGCUGUGAUUAUCGCUUCGCCAACUUUUACACACGAGGAAAUCGUUUUGAACUCGUUGAAAGCUAAAAAAGCUGUCUUUUGUGAGAAACCAAUCGCAGAAACUCGCGAAAAUAGUGUUAGAUGCUAUGAAACAGCAAAAAUUGUAGAAAAGCCACUAUUCUGUGCUUUCAACAGACGCUUCGACCAAAGCUACAGUGCGGUCAGGCAAAAGGUGCUGAGAGGAGAAGUUGGUCAUGUUCAACUUAUUAAAGUUUGUUCUCGAGAUUCUCCACUACCUUCCAUCGAGUAUCUAAAAACUUCUGGUGGAAUUUUCCAUGAUUGUAUGGUACAUGACAUUGAUAUGAUGACUUGGAUUCUGGGAGAAUUACCUACAAGAAUUGUUGUGCAAGCACACGCACAUAUUCCCGAAAUAGAAGAAAUAAAUGAUUACGACACUGUUGCUGCAACUUUCCACUUUCCAUCAGGUACUUUGGGGAUGAUCGAUCUUUGUCGCAGUUGUAAUUAUGGUUAUGACCAAAGAUUAGAGGUUUUUGGUCCCAAAGGAAUGAUCACCAUAAAUAACGAGCAGCCUAUUCACGGUGUUCAGUCUCAGUACGCACUGAAUGGACUCAAAACUGCCCCUAUUUGGUAUAGCUUUGCUAGCCGUUUUUUUAACGCUUAUCGAACAGAGAUGGAACACUUCUUAGACAUUGUUCAAGGCAAAACAAAGUCAAUAGUUAAACACAAAGAGAUCUUGGCAGUCUCUAGAAUUGCUGCCGCUUGCGAGGAAUCUGCUCGUACCGGAAAAUUAGUGGAGCUCAGAUGGGAACCCAAUGAUAUGCCAGAAAAAGAAUAAUCUCUUCAAUAUUUUCUCACUCUAGCUGAAUUAACAGCACGUUAGAUUCGGUUGUUGCAUACGUGGUGAUUACAUAAAUUAAUGAUCAAUAAUUUUUUCAAAUAUCUCUGAAUUUAUUGCUUUUUACCAAUGAUAUCUCCAACAAUAAACCGGUAGAUAAAUAUAAUGUAUAUUUACACAAAUAUAUUGCUAUUACAAUUACAGACAA